AUGUAUGAAAAUUUAGGUUCCAUGGCCGAUGUGCCUAAGGAUCUUCUGACCGAGGUCAAGAAGCUCGAGGAGCAGUUCACUGUUCCCACUGAGAAGCUCAAGCAGAUCAGCGCGCACUUCAUCACAGAGCUGGACAAGGGUCUGAGUGUCGAGGGCGGUAGUAUCCCCAUGAACCCGACCUGGGUUAUGUCCUUCCCCGAUGGCUACGAGACUGGCACUUACCUUGCCCUCGACAUGGGCGGAACCAACCUCCGUGUCUGUGAGAUCACUUUGACGGAUCAGAAGUCUGAGUUCGACAUCAUCCAGUCCAAGUACCGCAUGCCCGAGGAGCUCAAGACUGGCCAGUCAGAGGAGCUGUGGGAGUACAUUGCCGACUGCCUGGCUCAGUUCAUCCAGACUCACCACCCCGACCACCCUCAAUCUCAGAAGAUUCCUCUUGGUUUCACCUUCUCCUACCCUGCCACCCAGAACUACAUUGAUGAGGGCAUCCUCCAGCGCUGGACCAAGGGUUUCGAUAUUGCCGGAGUUGAGGGCCACAACGUUGUCCCUUUCCUUGAGGCUGCCUUGGCGGCCAAGAAUGUCCCUAUCAAGCUGUCUGCCCUGAUCAACGAUACCACUGGCACCCUGAUUGCCUCUGCCUACACCGACACUAAGAUGAAGAUUGGCUGUAUCUUUGGCACUGGUUGCAACGCUGCUUACAUGGAGGACUGCGGCUCUAUUCCCAAGCUUGCUCACAUGAACUUGCCUCCCAACACCCCCAUGGCCAUCAACUGCGAGUGGGGUGCUUUCGACAACGAGCACAAGGUCUUGCCUCGUACCCCCUACGACAUCAUCAUUGAUAAGGACUCUCCUCGCCCCGGCCAGCAGGCCUUUGAGAAGAUGAUUGCCGGUCUCUACUUGGGCGAGAUCUUCCGCUUGGUCCUCGUUGACCUCCACGACAACAAGUCUGUGCACAUCUUCGAGAACCAGGACAUUGCCAAGCUCCGUAAGGCUUACACCUUGGAUUCCUCGUUCCUGUCCGCCAUUGAGGACGACCCCUUCGAGAACCUGCAGGAGACUAGCGAUCUCUUCCUCUCCAAGCUGAACCUCAAGGCCACCAGACCCGAGCUGGAGCUGGUUCGUCGCCUUGCUGAGCUCAUUGGCACCCGCGCCGCCCGCCUCUCGGCCUGCGGUGUUGCUGCCAUCUGCAUGAAGAAGGGCUAUGACAACUGCCACGUUGGUGCUGACGGCUCGGUGUUUAACAAGUACCCCCACUUCAAGGCCCGUGGAGCCCAGGCUUUGCGCGAGAUUCUUGACUGGCCUGCUAAGACCAACCCUAAGGAGGAAGAUCCCGUUGAGAUUCUCGCAGCAGAGGACGGCAGUGGUGUUGGCGCAGCCCUGAUUGCUGCCUUGACCCUUAAGAGAGUCCAGAACGGCAACAUGGCUGGCAUUCUCCACCCCGAGAACUUCACAUCAUAG